AUGUUCCGCCAAAACUUACUUUUGUGGUUAAAGAUAAACGAGUUCAGCACAAUGUCUACAUCUAAGUCUUUAACUCUCCACAUAGAGCCUUGUAAUAAACCUCUGGGGAUAUCAGAUGGUCGAAUUCGAGAUGAUCAAAUGUCUGCUUCGAGUGCCUACGACAACGCCUUUGAGACCUUUGGAGCACACCGAGCGAGACUAAACCUCACAACCUGGCCUGCAGGAUACAGGGCCAAUAUCGACGCACUCGAUGAUUUUACUUGGAUAAAGAUCAAGCUGGACCAAGACAUGGUGAUAACAGGCAUUGCCACUCAGGGCUACGGAAAUGCAUCUUUUAGCGAAUGGGUCUCUAGCUACCUAAUCUUUUUCGAGAAGGAAGGGGUUGAGGAAACAGCGUCUUGUACAAAUACCGAUGGCGAACCAACGGCGGUGAGACUAUAAGUGGUUGUUAUGAUGUACCUUGAACGACUUAAAGCGCAUGGAUGAAAUUUCCUAUGCAAUGAACCAUAAAAAAAUUGACAACUUGGCCUCAAGCUGUAUUUACGGGUGACGUAGUGCGGCAUAUACAAUGAUAAUAUGAAAAAAUUUCAAACCUGAAAGGCUAUACAAAAAGUGCGAUAAAAUUGUGAAAGUUACCCAUCACUUAACGAUAAAUAGUUAUCGCUACAUGGUUUUGCUGCCACCUGCUUUGACAGUCUUCCUAUCUAUAACGAGAACUUUUUGCUCCGGCAGAUGUGUAAUGGAAAUGUCGACUCAAGUUCAAUCCAAUACCAUAAUCUUGCUACUCCUGCGGUAACAAAAAGCAUCACAGUCAACCCAUUCCAAUGGAAGGAUAAUGUCGGUCUUCGUAUGGAGCUGUAUGGAUGUGAGCCAGGUAUGCUGUAUUUGUAAUCUCACGUGAUUCGUCUGUUCUUAGCCCAUCACAGUUAAAAAAAAAGAAAAAUCUUUAAAUUUAUUUUUACAGAGAUACUUUGAAUAGGAAAAAUAAAUUAUAGAAAGAGGAUUUGUAAGAAAUCUCUCUCUUCUUGUUUGGGUUGAACAAUGGGGCUACAUUUUCUUCUUUCGUCAGAAUUCCAUUUCGUGGCGGUGAUGACCAUAUGGAAAACGCGUUUUAAACUGGAUUACGCCAACUCCACAACCGAGAGCUACCUUACCAUGAGAGACGAUGUAAUUGCUGAGGUAAUAGAACAACAAAUGUUUGUACUGAUGAGCCUUUGACUCAAGGUGUGGCUUUUUUGUGUUAAAUCUAGUAAUAUGAAUAUUUUGUGGGUCAUUUUGAAUGUGCCUCUUCUCAUUAAGAGGACAUAAUAUAUAGGCGCGCCCAUCAGAACAAACCGUUACAUCGAGGUAUAUUGGUUUUGAGGUUACAAGGUGCGACUCAUGAUCACUACAUUCUUUGAAUGCCGUUCAAAGCCCAUAUUAAAAAUGAAAUAGGUAUAAUCGAUAUGUGCAGCUUUUCAAUUUAUUUAAUAAAGGUAAGGUCAUUUCAACAACUCUUCUUUUAGGUUACAGACUUGUUGCGUGGUGUUUCUGGAUUUCUCUUUGCUGAUUUGCGGACCCUAAGGUAGGAAAUUGGGAAUUUGCCUAUGCUCUCUGUAUGAUGGUUUUUUGAUACGCAUUUUACUCUCAGAGACUGCUCCUAAAGGUCGCAAAAAAUAGGAUCUUGACCGAUAUCCAAAAAUGCUCCUUUUUUUCGCCCUUUAGUUGAUUUUGGUCUUGAAUUUCGCUUUCUUUGAUUAGUCCACAUUCAGGGUCCAAGAAACUUGUUAUGGCUGCGGAAGUUCAAAUUUAUUGUAUUCAGUCAAGAAAGGCUGCAGUAGCUCAAGAGCUAAAAUUUAGCUUACGGAGUGGCUUUUCCUCGAUGCUUGGCGAGUUUCUUUACCUUGAGGAACUUUGUAAGUAAACACGGUUUACAUUUUUUUUUUAACAAAAAAUGCACUUCAUGCUUUACAACAUGGCUGACGUUCGGUUCUAGGAUCUUAUUGCUUGUUGAAUCUCUCCGAGAUCUCUACCUAGGACAGCAGUGCUAGUAUUCGAAAAGGCGUCAAAAGAGAGACGGAUAGUAAGAAUUUUACAUCGAAACUUUGAGCUCAUAGUGUUUUUGCUGUCGCCGUCGAACUUUUUCUAAGAUUUUGGAACAUUAAGCCUUUCGAUAAACCUAAGAUAGCAACGGGGAAAACCAAAUUCACUCAGUAUGUGUCGAGCAUUACAUUUUUGUCAUUAAGCCCCAAUUAGAGAGGAUAAGCCAUGACAAACAAUGAAGCAAUCACACAUGUACCUUACUUAAAGUGGGUGGCCGUUUCAUUACGGUGUGGAAUCGAUCCUGAUAACGAAACUUAUUUAUUCCUCCAAGUCUAGAACAAUAGGAAAAGUUUGACACAAGCGCAAGCAUAUCCCCGAAGAUCGACCUUCUGAAAAAUAGCACGUGAAAAAUUGCUAUAGUAUAGGGGUUAAAAUUAUCUUUUUUUUCUUCAGUUAACUGUCAGUGCGACGUUCCUUCAGUUAAGGUCGAGCUGAGGAAAACCUUGGAGGAUGCUGUGAUUAUUCACACAAAUUCUCGGUUUCUUCUAAAAGCGACUUAUAAAGGAGAUUGUAAAAGGUAUAACUCUGGUAGCUACGAACUACAUUGGGAGGUGUCCAAAUGCGAGGAAAGCACUGGUUUUUUUAAUCAGAUGAUUCCGUACGGAAAGAAUAAACCCGGUAGACCUAAAUUCCUUUUCCCCCGGCUUUUUGGCGUUGGUUACUUGUACAUCCGGUGUGUCCUCAAAAAUCACUUCAAGGAAACUAUAACUUACGAUUAUGGGUAUGUUCUUAUCACACAUCCACCACUCGUUGUGAAGAUCGACGGUCCGUCAAGGGUCCUCAUGGGCAAUGAGAGUUUUGUGAUAUUGGAUGGAUCGGCGAGCUAUGACCCAGUGGAAAGACACAAAAAGGCAAACGGUCUCUCAUUUACCUGGUUUUGCAGAAGAGAAGGAGUGUUGCAGAACGACAAGGAUGAAAUUUCGACGGUCUACCCAAAUGACACUCGUUUUUGUCAUGGAACUGAAACCAGGCAUUUGAAUAGUUCCAUGCCCAUGCUCACUUUAGAUUUAGGUAGAUUAAGUGGAAACAAUACAUACGUUUUCGAACUUUUGGUUCAGAAGGGAGAUAGAUUAACUCGAACGACUCACAAACUAUACGUUGAGCCGCCGUUUCAGCUAUUUUUCGGGUAAGAGAUAAGGUAAUUUGGUAUUAUCAGCUAAGUUGAUAGCGUAACUUGGCCACCGUAAAGAGUUACGAAGCUGACGUUUCGAGCUUUAGCCCAUCGUCAGAGCGAUGACGAAGGGCUGAAACUCGAAACGUCAGCUUGUAACUUUUUACUAACUUUACUUAACUCGACGCAGCAUCACAGUUUCUUUAGAAACUUACCCCCUUUAUUUUAAGAGAUAAGGUAAUUACGAGGAAAUCCCAAAGCCACGAUAUAGAUACGUGAGGUUGCUCCUUUGCACUUGACGUUUAAUUUACAGAGUGGGUUUGUCUUUAUUCAAAGCUGGUUGUUAGGUAAAGUUAAUUCACAGGAUGGGUUCCAUCAAUGAUAGAUUCCAUAGUAUGACGGGAGAUUGUGUCACCUUUUACAUGCCAAAAUUAGAGCUUAGCUUCGUAAUAGCGGAGCUCGCAGAGCGUAGCCCCAUAAUUAUACAAAAUAGUAGUAACCCAUCAAGCCGAAAAAAUUUGGAUGUACGACCGUACGACCGUACAAGGUGCUACUUUUAACAUGCGUGAUCAACUGUACCGCGGGCACGCCAACGCCACGGCUUUGUUCAGUAGUCCAGUGGUCAGUACAUUGGGCCCCGAGUCGGACGAUUCGGGUUCUAGUCCUGGCCGGGGCAAGGCGUUGUGUCCUUGAGACGUGCGGGAAAAAAAAUGCGAGCUCCGCUUUUAGGCUUGGCUAAAUCUAUAUAUUAGAGACUAGUUAUGUAAUAACAUACCGUCCCAAUUUAUUUUGGAUGUUACUAAGGUAAGUGCGACAUUCCAUGCUCUCCUUUAUAAAGUUAUCUUCAUUUUCCAGAUGUACAACAAAUUGUGGGGCCAAAGUGAGCGCCAAUCGGCGGUUGACCAUAAGAACUUCCUGCUCAGGGCUAUUGUGCGACAGAAUAGCCAGAUACAGCUGGUUAUUAUUUAAACUGAAAUCUAACGGCGAGGACUGGCUCGAGGUGCCGAGCUUUGAGGAGAAAAUACUGACUGACAUCGAUAGUCCUUAUUUAGUUAUUCCUGGUGAUGAGCAACUUCUGGAGAAGAGCAGCAAGUAUAAGUUAAGAACAAUUGUAGCACUUUCAAAUAAAUUCACUCUCACAGAGGAAUUCAUUUUCCUCACUAAUUCUCCUCCUCGUGCAGAGAGUGAUGGUGGUGGUUGCUCCGUUAUACCUGCUGAAGGCUUCGUGUUGACAACAGAAUUUAACAUCAGCUGCUUUGGGUGGUUAGAUGAUGAUCUGCCUUUAACUUACGAUUUCAGGUGAACAAAAUAAGAGUAUUCCUCCGACUUUUGGGGAUAUAACACUGUACUGUUUCUAUUACGUUUUGGGUAAUUUCACGUUUUGAUUCUCAAGCGAUUGGAUUGGAUAGCAAAAUCACAGGAAAAUGCAUCUUAUUUCAUACAAGGAGGAAUUUAGAUCAAAAUAUUUCCCUGAAUUUAUGUUUAUCCCUCCAACUACUUAUAUUCCUCUUUACUUUAGAUAUCACACCAGUUCAGGUGUAUUAGUGAUAAAUAGUGGUCUAAAACCCUAUACUAUCACCCGGCUGCCGCUUGGAAACAUAACAUUAGAAGCCAGAGUAUCAGACUUCAUGAAUGCCUCCGCUAUUGAAAGAUUUCAGGUUCAGGUAAUGUAUCUUCGUGAUCACUUGAGCUUGUACCUCUAAGUUAAAAAUAGCCAGAGUAGCAGAAGAAAUUGUACCUCAUUGGGAUCCUAAGCGAUCAUUUUGUUGAAGACUUCGAAUUACGUAUAGUUACUUCCUUCUCGUUUCAUUUACGAGCGAGAUCGGGUUGGUAUAUCAACACCUGGUGACGUACAUAUAACUCUUGUCAGGUAGUCAGUCAGUCAGUCAGUAAAUUGGUCAGACAGUAAUUUUUAGUUAAAACGCUCUAUUUCAGGUGAAACCGGUACCUGCAAAAGACAUUUCAAAAGUUCUUGAAACGUCGACCAGCGAUGGCAACAACUCACUCCAAGGGCUUAUAAAUGAAAAAAACUUUGAUGAGGCUGCACAGAUGGCAUAUUCAAUAGUGACAGCUGUGAAGGAAGCCAAUAUUGGUAGUGAAGACAAACAGAGGGUAUUCCAUGUUGAUGUUAAGCUUUAUUGUGAGCUCAAGAUAAACACAUUACCAAAUACUUUAUUUGCCCCUUUGCGCAUUUAAAAAACAUUUGUGCCCUUCACGUUAUACAGAAAUUUGUCAAAGCACCAGAAACUAAUUUGUUUUUCUUAAAUCUUACUUGAAUAUUUAACCUCUAUACGUCUGGUAUUUCAUGUUUCCUCAGCUAAAGGAAGCAGUGCUUGAACAGAUUUCAGUAGUGGAGAUUAACUCAAUGCAACAGGUAACUCAACUAUCAGCUGUUGUUGUCGUGGCAACGGAGGAAGAAAAAGGCAUAGAUGUGUCAGUUCAGGUAUGACAAUACCUCUCUCCAAUCAUUUUACUUUCAAGCUUUUGACUCACGCUUUUUACAUCUUUAAAGUACGGAUUUUAUUAUUUUUAAGCAUAGAUGUUGAUUCAUUGUAGGAAAAAGCCGUUGGCCUUUUAGAAAUUAUGACGGAAUUCAUAACCUCACGAAUAGGCUAUGAGGCACAGAAUGUUGACUUGGUUCGAAACAUUGGAGGGAAUCUGCUACAAGGAAUUUCCAACUCACUAAGCGCAUCUGCAAAAAAGGCUGUCGUCUUUGAACGAAAUACGUUAUUGGAUAAAAAAGGCAGCGAAGACGUUAUUAUAGACCUUAAGAGGAAGCAGGUAGUAAUCAAAAGUCAGUUUUGGCAUUUCUUUGUUUAGCAAUUUGUUUUAAACUUUGUGAAAUCUAACGAUUGACAUGUGGAGUGACUUUUAAUGAUAUGGGUGGUAUUGAUUUUGCUUAUCUAUAGCACUCCAAUUUCAUAAUAAUUUCAUCUACCCAGAUAGCAUUGUAGAAUGCACUACACCUCAUUAUAGUAUGCAAUUAUUUGAAAAUUCCUUUUAAAAUUCCUUUUAAUAAUUUGGAUGGCUUUAAAUUUUACUUAUUUAUAGUACUCCAAUUAACAAUUUCAUCUGCCUAGGCAGCAUUACAGAAUCCACUAGAUCUCAUUAUCAAUUAUUACUUUUUCAACGCAUAGAACAAAAAGAUUGUUAAGAAGGCUCUCCAUCUGAUCGACAAACUAGCAAGUGGACUCUUAGAAACAAAGGUACCUGGUGAAAAACCAAGCGUGUACUACACCGAUAAGCUGAUGGUGACGCUAGAUCGACAAACGCCGCAAAAAAUGUCUGGCAAGACUGUGGGUGAGGGUGAAGGAAAGGCAACCCUUCCACCUGCUAAUAUCCUGUUUGAGGCAGACAUGGCAAACAUGAAAUAUGUUGAUGCUCAGGUAGGAUUGUGACCUAAUGUAACGCCAUAGGAAGGUUGUAAAUUGCAUGACCUCUUAAAGGAAACUAUACCUCCUGCUUUAGCUGAAACAUGCCAAACCUCCUCUAUGAUACGCUAUAAAAGCCUCAUUUUUCGUUUCUUUUUACCUCAGAUCACUUCGUUUGACGAGAACCCCUUCACUUGGGAUGAGAGUGCAAAAGGUAUCCAAUCGAAGGUUGUAGAAUUCACGUUAAAGAAUGAUGGAACAUCGCUGAAUAUCUCCGGCCUCCAAGAACCAAUUGAGCUGUUUAUUCCGGUUACCCGAACAGACCCGAAGGGCGAAAACAGAUCCCUUAAAGAAUAUUUCGUAAAACCAAGCGAUGGCUUUAAUAAUUUGCGCUAUCAUCGAAUUGAUAUUCCAUCCCCCGAUUCGAAGUUCUCUUUCGAGAUUCGUCCUGAACAAGGACAAUUCUUGGAAAUUUUCGUGGCAGCCCAAAGGAAGCCGACAUCGACUGACUUCCAGUUCAAUAUCCGUCUACCAAAUAACGCCUCCUGUUCUGCGUUUUCUGAAGCAAUUGGGUAUUACAACUGCAGCAUUAAUCCAUACGAGGUCUCACUAUCAAGUGAUGUCACCGGAAAAACUGGUCUUCAUUACAUUGGUAUUAUGCAUUCCUCGAAUGAAGCUGAAAAAUCUCCCAGCAGAGUUUCGCGGUCUUGCAGAAACGGUGGACGGCGCCAAAAGCGUUCUUGCAUUGGCGUCAAAGAUGCUCCUACCCUUCCGCCCCCAACACCGCUGAUUUUGGUGCCCAAAUAUAAUAGAAGUACAGACGUGAACUACACGAUGUCAGUGACUGUGACGAGCUGUUUGUAUUGGUCAGAGAGCAAGCAGAUCUGGACAAAUGAAGGGUGCUCGGUAAAUAAACAGAUACCACUUUCCCAAUUUUUUGGGUUGACAUAGCAUCAUUGGGUUGAAAAAUAUUUUAUUUUAUUUCCUAAAAAGUUUUGGUAUGAGAUAUUUUCCAAAAAAAAUGAUCACUCUCACCUUCAGUCUCUAAUCCUUUGGCAUUUAGUCAGUUUUGAUGUAAGGCCAAAAAUGAAUUCAAGUCUUUCCUCUGAAAUUUCCCUACUUUGAAUUAUUUUCGUUGCGCAAUGUAAUACUGAUCUGGAAGAAGUUGGGAAUACACAAAUUAACUUGAGCUCUUUACUGCGUAGAGGCGGCUGCAGAAGUGCACUUAAUUUCCAGCACGCGCACAAUGCUGCUUAAUUGAUUCUUUUUCUUGUAUCACUCAUUUUGCUUUUUGAUGUUCCUAAACCUAGAUUGGACAUAGGAUCAUUGGGUUGAAAAAUAUUUUAUUUUAUUUCCUAAAAAGUUUUGGUAUGAGAUAUUUUCCAAAAAAAAUGAUCACUCUCACCGUCAGUCUCUAAUCCUUUGGCAUUUAGUCAGUUUUGAUGUAAGGCCAAAAAAUGAAUUCAAGUCUUUCCUCUGAAAUUUCCCUACUUUGAAUUAUUUUCGUCGCGCAAUGUAAUACUGAUCUGGAAGAAGUUGGGAAUACACAAAUUAACUUAAGCUCUUUACUGCGUAGAGGCGGCUGCAGAAGUGCACUUAAUUUCCAGCACGCACACAAUGCUGCUUAAUUGAUUCUUUUUUCUUGUAUCGCUCAUUUUGCUUUUUGAUGUUCUUAAACCUAGAUUGGACCAAAAACAAAGUCAGCCAGUUUGCAUUGCCUUUGCAACCAUCUCUCAGCUUUUGGCGGGGAUUUCUUUGUUGCGCCAAAUCCAAUCGAUUUCGACAAAGUAUGGGAAAAUUUUGGAAAACUGAGAGAGACUGGAAACUACGUUGUGUUGACAACUGUGUGUUCCAUAUUUGGUCUUUAUAUCAUGGGGCUUGUUUUGUCCCGAAGAGCGGACAAGAUCGAUGAAUUGAAGGUGAAAUAGUUCUUGAUCUCAAGUAUAAUAUAUUAUAAAGUAGAAAUAUUACUUGCGCAGUGGAUAAAAAUAAAACAAGAACAGAAUUUCUCCUAAAACAUUUCAACGUAAAGUGAAUUGAAAGAAAAACAAUGCUUGAGGAUGUCCAAUUUGAUCAUGUUGAUACAGAACUUGCUUUCAAUGUAUGACGUUGCAUAUUCGCUUGCUGAAAAUAGCAGAAGCUAUCGGAAAUGAGCUCACUGGAUCCCCUCUUUUCUUCUCUAGGGAUUCUAUAAUGAAAAUUGAAGCGAUGUAUCCUGAUGCAAGACUGGAAUUUUUACAAGCGAAGUUGAAAAUGCCUCUUUGACGGAAUGGUAUUUUUCAGCUACGUGUAACAAAAUUGAUAUUCCAAGAAUCGCAAAUUAGAAUCGUCCUCCAAAAGAAUGCAGACUGCAUACAUGUAAAACUCUGGCAAGAAAUCUGAAACCACUUGAAUAAAAUUUACGAGGGGAUAAACCUUUGAUGCUUGUAUGACUAAUUUUUCUUUUCAGGCUGUGGGAAAUGUGUUUUUGAACGACAGUACUACCUCUGGUUGUGUUUAUAAUGUGCAUGUACAAACUGGAAUGUGGACAAACCAGGGGACCACAGCGCAGGUAGGAAUAGCACUUUAUGGUGAAGAAGGCUGCAGUGGUCCUAUCUCACUUUCGGAUUCUAAAGCGAGAAAGAUAUUGUUUGCCCGUGGCAGCCUAAAUAGCUUUACUUUCGCUUUGCCAACCUCACUGGGAAGGUUAUUCAAGAUACUUAUUUGGCAUGACAACAGCGGUGAAGAUCCUGCUUGGUUCCUUCAACAAAUUCAAGUGGAAGAUACCAGCAGUGGAGACAUAUGGCAUUUUCUUGCAAACCGAUGGCUUGCCUUAGAGAAAGGAUCUGGGGAGAUUGAGUAUGAGAUAAAUGCGGCCAAUAAAUACGAGCUCAGAAAGUUUAAGAAUCUAUUUGUUUUUCGGACGGCAAAGAACUUAGGGGAUGGACAUUUGUGGUUGUCUGUGUUAACAAGACCGCCCCACGUUGCGUUUACACGCUGUCAGCGAUUGUCUUGCUGCCUGUCAGUCCUGUUCACUGCUAUGGUAACUAAUGCCAUGUUUUAUAAUUUUGGUGCGUCUCCGAAGGACUCUUUUCAGGUGGGACCUUUAAAAUUGAGCUGGACACAAAUUAAGAUUGGGAUCCAAAGUAGUUUGAUAGCGAUUCCUAUAAACGUCUUAGCUGCUUUGAUUUUUAGAAACAUUAAACAGAAGCCUUCUGAAAAUGUUUUUGACAUCAGAGAAAAUGAGCCUAAAGAGAAAGUUCCCGGUUGUCUGCCUCACUUCUUUAUUUAUAUUGGAUGGACGAUUUGCAUUCUAACCUCCCUAACUUCCGCAGCCUUCAUCGUGUUCUACAGCAUGAUGUGGGGCAAGGAAACUUCAAAUCAGUGGCUAACUUCGGUUACUGUGUCGUUCAUUCAAGACGUAUUUGUUUCUCAGCCAAUAAAAGUCAUUCUUUUGGCUUCCUUACUGUCACUUAUAAUCAGAAAGCCGCCCGAUCGCGAGAAAGUUUGUGGAAUAACGUAUCACAAAGGAUAUUCUAGCGAUAAAACAGUUGCUAAGCCACCACAAGGGGUUGAACUGGAGAAAGCUAGAGACUACCGAGCUAAGGUUAAGGGCAUGUAUAACGUUCUAUCUGAAAUAACCCUCUUCUUGACUUUCCUCCUGCUUUUACUCAUUGUAUGUUAUGGGAAUCGAAGUCCUUCACGUUAUGUGUUGACAACAUCUAUGGAAGACGCCUUUCGUAAUUUCAAGGUGAGAAUCAUAUCUCAUUUCAGACUUUUUUUCUUAGACUGUGUUUGUCUAGCAUGAAAGGUGUUACUGUUUGAAAGCUAGGUCGUGUUAGUAUGUUGAUUACACUUUGCACUUUCGUUUCUUGAUCUUAAACGAUCCAGCGCAUGGUUUCGAAUUCAUUCUUAUUAUAAAAAGAGACGAAAAAAAAAUUAAUUGUGACCUGAGUUUCGUCUAAGUGUAGGAAAAAAAUGAGACGGACCCUCGUGGAUACAUAGAAAACUUUGCAAAAAAACUCACUCCAACCUAGUAUAGUUAUUUUGAUAUAAACUGAAUGGUCGUGAACACAGUUUAAUCCAAAACCUCACUUUAUUAAUCAUACAAGAGUGCCAAUGGACAACAAAACUAUAAAUCUUCCUUUCAUCUUUUCAAGGGCAGAAAUAUUUCGUCCUUUUGGACUUGGAUACGUAGUAGACUCUUGCCAGCGCUUUACGACACCAAGUGGUACAAUGGGUGGACCUUUGAUUAUGAUGAAGGUUUCUUACGUAACAGAGAGCUUUUCAUGGUGGGGAUGCCGCGUUUAAGGCAAAUCAGAAUAAAACCUGGUAGGUGUCUAGUUUUAUAGAAGAUUAGAAUUUACUUUAGUCAACUGGUUGGACAUUAAGUUACGUUUUUCACAAUCACAAUCACUCCUAACAAUCUUCGUGUUCCCUUGAAUUCGGCGGUCAUUGAUUCAUAAAACACACGCCUUGAGCAGUUUGUUGCUAAUUGUCAUGUUAAAAAAACUUGCGUGUUUUUAUGAGCCACAAUUCGACCGGAUUUCACUGAACAUUUCACUCUUAGAUUCUGUAUUAGGGAAUAAAAAAGCUUCAGGCAAAAACGUUAAAAUCGACCUGCCGAACUCUUUCAGUUGCAGCCUAUGGCAGAUUGUCAGCUUUGAUAGUCUGACAUUUUUGACAGCUUUAGUCUUGUUCAACAAUUCAGAUUAUUUGAACCAUUCUAACGGGGAUUCUAAUUGGCUUACUGUCGCGUGCUUUAUGAGAGUAUAGAGCAUGCUAACGACACUGCUAUCCGCUUUGAAAACAAAGUUUUUUUUAUAAAAUUGAAAGUAAUGCUUAGGGAAUUUAACGGAAUCUUUAGGAUAAAACAAAUAGAGAAGCCCUUGACUAUGCUCUGUUCUGCAGUAAAGCAGUUAGGAAGCGGUUAAGCACUGAAGAAGUGGGGAGAAACACUCGACUAGGCCUCGUGUUUCACCCUACACUUCUUUCGUGCUCUAGCCACUUCGUGCUUUACAACAGAACAGAACACAGUAAAUGCUUCUAUAUUUAAUAAAUAUAAUUUUUUGGUCCUCAUCGUUUUGACUUUGAGAACGUUUGUCAUAUUUUCAGCAAGUGUCUGUGUAGGUUCAGAGAAGACACCGCAACUUGGAACGUCGUUUACCAGAUGUAUUCCUUCGUAUUCGCCAAAAAGAGAAUACAAGACGCCAUAUAAUUUGCCUGAGUGGAUCCCGGUGACGAAAUUAAGUGAUAACCAAUCAGUGUUUGAACUAGAAAGACUGUGCCCUAAACCCUGGAGAUAUAAAACUUCCUGGGAUUUAAAAACACUCACAUAUGAAGGAUUUUACAGAACAUACGAUGGAGGAGGAUAUGUGGCAGACUUGGGCUACAAUAUCAGGUCUGCUUUAGGAGUUGUUAAGGAACUACAGACAAACAAUUGGAUGGAUGAGUUCUCCACAGCUAUUUUUGUAGAAUUUACAAUUUUCAAUCCGUCGAGCUCACUCUUUAGUGUCGCGAAAUGCCUGUAUGAGCGAUUCCCAACAGGAGGAGUAGUGUUUUCAAAAAGUGUAAGAACCCUCACGUUAUAUUCAGCAUCGAAUAACAACUAUCAAACUUUCCACGAAGUUUGUCAACUUCUCUUCAUGGUUCUCAUUUUAUUUCUCAUCAUUAAUGAAAUGUCCAAGAUCUAUAGGGAGAGGAAAAAGUACUUUACCAAGUUUUGGAACUGGAUGGAAUUGAUACAAAUAUUAACCGCGAUUUGCUCUGUUGUCAUGUACUUCUUGAAAGCCAAAUAUACUAGCUGGUUCAUAAGGAAAGUCAGGAACAAUCCCUUCGAGACCUCAAGUGCGGAUUAUAUUGUUUUAUGGUCAGCGGUUGAAAUCUAUGUGCUAUCAUUUCUCAUAUUUAUCGUAACCAUAAAGUUUCUCAGACUCAUUCGUUUUAAUCGCCAUGUGUGUCAGAUGCUGGGGACUCUGGCACGCGCUGUGAACCCUCUCGUCUCUUAUUCCGUUGUGUUUAUUUCAACGGUGCUGGCGUAUACUCAGCUUGGUUUUUUGUUGUUUGGUUCCACAAUGCUUCCAUACUCCUCGUUUUUAAACUCCCUUCGCGCCGUGUUGCAAAUGCUUCUAGGAGGAAGGAUGUACUUUUACGAGAUAAAAUCAGUUAAUGGCAUUUUGGGGCCGUUGUUUAUUUUUCUCUACAUGCUAACAAUGGCGUUUAUACUCUUGAACAUGUUUAUAGCCAUUCUAAACGAUUCCUAUUUUCAAGUGGUCGAAAUUCCGCAAAAUGAAUUUGCCGAUGCUGAUUUGGGGGAGUUCAUGAUUUCCUACUUGAUUAGAAAAAUGAAGCUUAGAGGAAGACGAUUGGUUUCCUCAUUUAAAACAACCAAAAAAAGUCGUGCGUCACGGUGUCGAUCGAAAGAGAGGAAAUACGUUAUUAAGGAAAAAUACUCGUCAGAAAUCCAGAGAUUGUUCACAGUUGAACUCCAAACAGAAAUAACAGCAACAUGUCCAAUAGCGUCGAUAGAAUCUUUCACAGAAGAUUUGGAUGAUACAGAUAGAAACCAAAAUACUUACAAAAUCAGUGAACAAAAUGGUACCAGGGCAGUUAUAGAUUCAGGAAAUAUAAGCCUGUCUAGCCUUCUCUCCAUAGAUGAGGCAUUUGAGUCAGAUGAAGAUGGGUAUCUUGAAGAGGUGCUGCUAAAUGUUAAGAGCGCAUCAUAUUCUUCAGAAUUUGUUUUACGUGUGUCGCCAUUGCGUCCAAUAGUUGAGACAUAUGUAUGA